CGUUCUGGCAGCACUGCUUUGCUCUGAAACGUGAAUUUGAUUGAUCGAGUACUUGGUGAUAUUGUAUAUUAAUUUAUAUAAAUUUAAUUAAAAUAAAAUAAAAAUGAAGAGAAAGUCAAGUCACAUUGAAGAAGAAGAAGAAGAAUUCGAUUCUGAAAUUGAUUCCGAGGAAGAGCUACAGGAUGCAUUCGCUAAAGGAUUAAUAAAACCAGGCCUAAACAAAGUCAUCGAAAAGGAAACUAGAAAAAGAAAUAAUGACCCCGAAUUAAUGAAGCAGAUAUUGAAAGAAAUAAAAUUAGAUUUACCAUGGAUAGAAACGCUGGAUGUCGUGAAUGCGCCGGCGCCAUUGGCACCAGAAUUAGCCUUACAAAUGCACGAGCAAGAAGAGCGACGUGCUAAGCAACUGCAGGGAAACAGAAAAUUGCAGCAGCUGAAGCCAACUGAAGACCCGGUUAUCAACGACUUCAAAAGAGAGACGAUGUUCCAUCGACAGGCUCAGGCUGCCGUCAUGUUCGCUAUACCCAGGCUCAAAAAAAUGGGAAUCCCUACAGUGAGACCCGAAGACUAUUACGCGGAAAUGGCCAAAGCUGACGAACACAUGCAGAAAAUCCGGCAGAGCCUGCAGAUCAAGGAGCAGGCGGUCGCGCGCUCGGAAAAAGUCCGACAGCUGAGACAGCAACGGAAAGUCGGCAAGCAAAUGCAGAUAGAAGCGACUCUUAAAAAACACGCGGAAAAGAAACAAAUGCUCGAUGAAGUCAAGAAAUUCCGUAAGGGAGUUCGUAAGGACUUGGAUUUCCUUGAUGAAAAAAAAAAAAAUGCAAGGUCGAACAAGAGCAGCGCAGAAAAAAGGAUCGACUUAAAAAAAAAUUUAAAGAACAAGAAGUUUGGCUUCGGGGGAAAAAAACGCGGGAGUAAAAUAAACACUCGCGAAAGUUCUGCGGAUAUGUCCGAUUACCGGAGACCGCGGAAAGAAGCGAAAAGUUUUAAGGGGAGGAACAAAGGUCAAGGUAAUAAAAGUAAAACUCCGAGGCCUGGUAAAAAUCGGAGGGUGCAGAUGAAGAAUAAAAAAAAAUAAUUUAAUGUAUUUAUAAUUUUAAAUAAAUAAAGUUUUUUAUUAUUAUUAAAUAA